UAACUUUUACAUAAACAAGCAGAGCUCAGAGGCAGUAACUCAACAGCUGCCUGGAACCUAGACUUGCUUGCUUGUCACCCUUUGCGCAAAGAGACUGCACCCAACUGGAAAGUGUUUCGGGGAAACAAAUCUUUGCAGAAGAAGGAAUCCUGCGCUGAAGCCCUUUGCAGGUGCUGAGUAACUCCACCAUGUUCUCGCUGCUGUUUCUUGCCACCGGCGUGGCCCUUUGUGUAACUGAUGCCCAGCCUAAUGAAGAAAAUGCACUCCAAGACAUGCAGAAAAAAGUCAACGACCUGUGGCUGAGUUUGCUCUAUCCGCAGCUGUACGAGGAUAUAAUCGCCUCCAACCGGACUGCUUAUGCCUCCUGCUGGGUGAAACCCAGCCCCAAAGUAGGUGCAGACAAACCACAGGUGACAGGACACGUCCUGUUCAGGCAGGCCUACCCAAAUGGGAAACUGGAAGCUAUUUUCAACUUGGAGGGCUUUCCGGCAGGCACCAACUUAACCGGGAGAGCGAUUCAUGUCCACCAAUACGGAGACCUCAGCGACGGCUGCGACUCGGCAGGCGGACACUACAACCCUUUCAAAGAAAACCACCCUCGUCACCCUGGGGACUUUGGGAACUUCUACUCUAAGGAAGGCAAGGUGAAGAAAUAUAAGGCCAAUCUCGUGGCCACUCUGUUUGGCCCGUACAGCGUCAUAGGGAGAUCGGUUGUGAUCCACGAGCAAGAAGACGACCUCGGGAAAGGGAACAACAAGGCCAGUUUGGAGAACGGCAACGCGGGCAAGCGCCUGGCUUGCUGCGUCAUCGGGACAUGCACCAAAAACCUGUGGGAAAGGCAGUUCCCCGAGGUUAAGGAGAAGAGGAAGAAAAUGCUCACGACGAGAGAGGCAAGCAGCAGCUCACAUGUCGUCGCUGCUAAACCAUAGGGAAAGUCUUCUGGUUCUUUUGAGAAAGUGUAAGAUACGCCUUUUGCUCUGUCAUAGUGCUCCGCUCCUUAAGCAGAUUAAUAAUAAAAAGUAGCAGCAUAUUAUUUAAGGGUUCAAACUUGCUCCCCCCCCCCAGCUCUAAAGUUUAUCCUUGAUAUAGUAAGGAGGACUGUAUGCUUCACUACUGAAAUCUUGAGCAACCCUGCUUAUUGUGUGCCAUAUCUCUUAGGGGGAAAAUAUCAAGAACAAGAAAGCUGGAGGAACAAACGGUAAAAAUAAAUGUCUCCAACUAAGAUGAUGUGCUCUGUUUUUCCUAUAUACCUGAAACGCAUAAAGAAAAUACUCCCCUUUCAACUGUUUGAGGAUGGGCUGGCAGACAGUGAUAACAGCUUUCCCCCCAGAGCUCAGGUAGGAGUUUGUGUGUUAUUUCUAUUUUAAAACUUCAGAUCCAUUAUUUUAUUCUGCUUAUAUUUGCAGGUUUUACUUCCUAACUCUUUUUAAGCUUCUUAGCUGGUUUGAGUUAUCCACAGUCCUGUAGCUGUGUCGCACUGUUUAUAUUUGAAGCAAGUGUUUCCAAAAACAUUCCUGACUUUUUCUUAGUAACUGAAUAAAUAUUUGGAAAAAGUGUGAUUUGAAUGACUUCUGGUUGAAUUGUGUAAUGCCGUUCGUGCAAUGUUGAUAAAUCAAGGGGGGGGGGAUCUCUUUCUGCAUGCUUUCAAGAGUGAAAAAGAUGCCAUGAACUAUGCCACAGAAGCACAGCAAUGUAGUUUUGUGCAGCUGUUGAGAGUACUGAACUAAUAAAAUAAGAGCAAAAUAUA